AGGGCAUUCCUAGCUAGUCCUGCGCUGCAGCGGAACGGCAUUCAUGCCAGCUCCUCUUCGCAUUCGCAAGAAACUUUGAUUCUGGUACUGUAAAUCAUUGACAUUUCUACUUUCAAUCCAUCAAUUUCAAUUCAUUUUCCGACUACUUAUCACCAAGCACCAAGAUGACCUCCACCAUGUCGAGCUGCUGUGUUACGGUGAGUAGAACCACUGCUCCGCUACGCUCUGGACGCUCGCUCUUGAGAUCAACGAUAGAGGUGCCUAAUCUGUACACAGGCACUUCUUCGUCAUCGUCUUCCUCAGCGUCACAUCAACAAGGGUCAUGUUUGUUACGGCAGAGGACCACGACUACUGCUUCGAGUUGCACCACUACUACAAGAACACUGAAAGCAGCUCGAACAAUAAACCGCGUCACCCCAUCAACACCAGGUGGAUGCGGACUCAACAUACAGUCUCAACCUCGUCAUGCACAGUUUAGAAGUUCUUCUUCCACGUCUCGAAAAGGCUCACCAAGUGGGGAAGAUCCUGGUGGAACCAGAGCUAGCGGAUCUGGGGGAACAGAUCCGGCUCUGUCAAGAACAACAUCAAAUACGACAUCAGCGUCAAGUCUGAAGAGAAAAAAAUCGCCUAGCAGCACCGCGAGCCUGGUUGAAUUUUUGCAGAGCUUCAAUCGUGCACCCGUGUUAUGGCUACUUUAACUUUUGUACCUAAAGUUCUUGUUUUUACCUGCUUUUGGAACAUACAACUAGAACUACUGGUUGUUAAAUCUUAGAAGUACUACAAGAACUCCUCGAACUUGAUCAACACCCUCAACACGCACACCUCUUCUAACGGUCCAAGCCAACCUCUUCAAUUCUCUGGGUCUCAUCGAAUUUUCAACGCGAGAAAUUUCUGAUCGCUUUGACAAGAUAGAUCAAAACAACGAUGGCUUUCUAGACGAAGACGAGAUACGUGCUUUGGUUCGGACCUGGUACGCAAAUAUGAAGCCUGCGCGUAGGAAAAGGGAAAGUACAGCUAAAGCGUCAACUACUACUAAAGCUGAUCAUGUCAAUGACGGAAAUUAUGAGGCAUCGCGAUCGCCAUAUUUAAGGGUUUCCACAUUGCAUUCCUCACUGCCAUCCUUGACUUGUUUUUCAGUAGGAAAGAAGUGAAGGAUGUUCCGAGGAAUGCAAUGUCGCAACCUCUAACAUAUUCGUCGUCCUCUUCGUCGUUCAGCACUGCGCCACCGGUCUUUGCAAGGACAAACUCCGGGAAAAUAGACUCGACUCUCCUACCUGUAGUUGCAUCGAAUUCAUCACCAGAACAACUGGACCCGCCUGACCCAGACGUCGAGAGACAGACACAAAUGAUCAUGGAUCUUUUUCGUGCUAGGGUGUAUAACGAUGAGACAGAGACUAAGGAAAACGCCAAAGGUCCUAAAAGUAUUCCUACAGUUGGCGGACACCCGAUAUCUGCUGAUUUACAAGCAGCAGCAGAACUCUCGACGGAUGAAGCCAGUAAAGCGGUAGGCGAAGACGAGCCGCUGCUAGAGAGACCAAGAGCAGCAUCCUCGUCUUCUAGAGGUACACCAUCCUCGACAGGCCGUUCGACUGGGACCCCUGAAGCACCUACGCUCUCCCUCCAACGCCGCCGCCGUGGCCUGCGACGCAUCUCUCGUGAUCAGUUUCGAAGGACCAUCCUGGCUCUCGCCGAAAAGGUUGACCAUCGGGUUUAUCCAAUCGCCUUCUCCUGCUUCAUGACUGGAGCCACUCUUGGGAUAUUGACACCUGUGAUACCGUUUCUAGCUCAAAAAUUGGCUCUGAGCAAAGGUCAAUUUGGACUCUACAUUGCGUCUUUUGCGAUGACCAAGAUCAUAGCGAAUGUCCUUAUGAGAUGGUCGAUUAGCACAAAAUGAGUACUUACAAAAUGUAAAUGAGUACUUACAAAAUGAGUACUUAUGAGAUGUCCUUAUGAGAUGUCCUUAUGUAUGAGUAGUGAAUGUCCUUAUCAGAUGUACUUAAUAUGAGUAGAUCUUAGAAAAGCAAAAUGAGUACUUCUCAGAAUCAGAAAAGAAAAGUAUUGUUCAGCACUACAUUUUUUGGUGUGUAAAAAUAUCGUCUACGUCCAGUAGUACCCUCGUGCUUUUAGAUGUAUAAGUACAAUUGUUAGCUAGUACUAGUAGUACAUAGAUACUAACCCAAAAUAAAGUACAAGUUAAAGUACAUGAUCAUCCAUCUUCUUUCUCUUUCAAUAUUGCGGCUGCAUUUCUUGUGGAGCGAUAUGGUCGGAAGCCCUUUUUCGUCCAGCCGAUGGGUCUUGUAGGUCUUGCUUUUGGCAGUCUCGCGUUCGCCACGAGCUUUGAGGAGAUGUGCCUUAGCCGAAUGGUUACCGGCAUAUCGGUUGCAG